UACAUUUCACAAUUAAUUUUUAAUUACAGGAGCUCAGUCGCUCGUAAAAUAAAUAUUUGCAUAGAAAUUGGUUAUAAUUAUAUCCUGGACAAUUUCUAUUGUUUUUUUACUCGUUAAUUUUAUAAACAAAUUUUCAAACAUCUGCGGGAAAAUACCGUUUGAGCAAAUUAGGAAAAUGCGUGAGUCACUUUUCUACGAUCAUAUUGUGGAGGGUGGGUACUGCGGGUAUAUAACUGUAUGGUACCCAUAGGGCACAUCAGUCUUCGCGCCGAUUUUUAGCCGAAUCAGCAUAGUGAUCCGACCGUGAUCGAAUAGAACAUUUAAUAAAUUAAUUUAAAUAAUCCAAUUCGUUUUAAAUAAAGUGACUUUAAAUUAUAAUUAAUCGCUGACUCCGGUCUUUUCUGAAUUUUUCCAAGGUAGCAAUUACGAAAUUGUAUUUGUUUCAGAUAAAGUGAUUUUAGAUUAUAAUUAAUUGUUGACUCCGUUCUUUAUAAGUGAAUAUUUCCAAGGUAACAAUUACGAAACUUAUCAGGACAAGAAGCUGAGAAGAUAAAAGCGCGGAUGAUACACUGGAUUUGAUUAGUAUCAAUCCGAAUGCGAGUAGGUGAUAAUACAGCAAUGAUGUGGUUUAAAUAUUUCAUUUUUUGUGCGUUGAUAUUCGCCGUCCAUGGUGUUAGUCUGCAGCUGGAUGAUAUAAAUGCAACAGCAUUUGCAAACGAAAUUAAAACAUGGGUAAAGGAGCAACGCGAAACACAUACAUUCAGGCAAAUGAUAAAUCGGCUAAGAAUUCCUCCGGAACUUCAGAACUGUGAUUGGAAAUUUUAUAAAGGAGAGAAAGCUAAAUCAAUUUGUACAAUAUGCGAAGGAAUUUUUAAAACAUUUAUAAACUUUCGACGACAGGGCAAGUCGGACGAAUUUAUCGAAAACAGUGUGAUUAAUUUAUGCACAUUGUUAAAUAUUCAAACAAAAAGAGUUUGUGAAGGGGCAGUUCGUUUAAAUAUGCCCAUUAUUUUGCACAUAGUGGAUUCUAGAGAAAAUUUAACGGCUAAUACGAUCUGUGGCACUAUUUUGGAAUCAAAAUCUUGUCCUUUAAAAGAUCCUGAAUUUAAAUGGAAUAUUACUUUAUCUAAUGAUGCCGCUACUAUAAUUCCUGAUAAUGAAACAGAGGAAAAAAUGAAAAUUGUGCAAAUAACAGAUAUUCAUUAUGAUCCUCUUUACGAACCUAUUGGCAAUGCAAAUUGCAAAGAACCAGUUUGUUGUAGAAAAGGUCAAAAUACAACUGGUACAACUUCCUUGGCUGGAUAUUGGGGAGAUUAUCAAUCCUGCGAUACUCCUUUCCAUGCAGUCAUUGAUGCUUUAACUCAAAUAAAUGACACUCAUAAGGAUAUAGAUGCUAUAUACUUUACUGGAGAUAUAAUAGACCAUGGAAUAUGGGAGACUUCAAAGGAAGGAAACAUAGAAAGUCUUAUGCAAAUUUAUGAUAAAAUUAAAGAUACUUUUAAGAAUAUUCCUGUGUAUCCAAUUUUUGGAAAUCACGAGCCACAGCCUGUAAAUCAAUUUGCACCAACAUAUGUAACGGAGGAUCAUUUAACUACAAAUUGGUUGUAUAAAUUACUGGCAGAUUUAUGGAUAAAUACUUAUAACUGGUUACCAGAAUCUACACGAUCUACUAUACUUCAAGGAGGAUAUUAUACUUUUAGCCCUAAAAAAGGAUUCAGAAUUAUAGUUUUAAACAAUAAUAUUUGUUACUCUUAUAAUUGGUGGCUUUGGUAUGAUCCACAAUAUCCUGCUAAUCAAUUGCAAUGGCUUGCAGAUACGCUUCUUAAUGCAGAAAAAAAUGGGGAAUUUGUACAUAUUUUAUCUCAUAUGCCUGUUAGUAGCAAAAGUUGUAUAAAAGCAUGGAGAGACGAAUAUUUAAGAAUAAUUAACAGAUUUUCGCACUUAAUAAAAGCUGAAUUUAAUGGACAUACUCAUAAUGAUGAAUUAGUACUGCUUCCCAGUUCUGAUACUACAAACGGAUAUAUUGCGUGGAAUGGCGGCAGUAUAACUACUUACACAAAGCUGAAUCCAAAUUACAAAGUUUAUACGGUAGCCAGUAGCAAUUAUGAAGUAACGGAUUAUGACAAUUGGAUGUAUAAUCUCAAUUUGGCUAAUAAGAAUUCUCAUGAGCGACCAAAUUGGUAUAAAUCAUAUUCUUUUAAAGAAGAGUAUGGUGUUUCUGAUUUAUCUGCUAAAUCUUUAUCCAAUUGGUUCAAUACAGCAGUAAAAAAUGAAACACUAGUAAACAAAUAUUACAAGCACUUUUACAAACAAGCACCGCCUUCACUAGAAGCAGAUUGUAAUUUGAACUGUAAGAAACAACGUUUUUGCCAAAUGGCGCUAACCACUGAAAAUGCUUGCAACAAUAUUUAAAAAUAUUAAUACCAUAAAUUAAGUGCAAUUUAAGUAAAAAAUAAAAGUGUCCUAUAUAAG